UAUGUCUUUUCGGUUUCUUUCUGUGUGCUUGUUUUAUUGAUAAUAUUCAGAUUCCAGAAUGUCUGUGUUUCUCUCGAAACACCCCAGUACGGCGCCUCGAGUACUCGAUGCUAAAGGUUGCCCACCUCACAACAUCCUUCAUGAUAUACAAUCAUAUCCUCUUUUUUACUAUGCUUUAUACUACCGACAAUAUCAUAAACUUAUAUAUGCAACUGCCGAAUUUUUUUGCUGUUGGUUACAGUUAUCGCUCGCCUCCCAUUCUAACAUGUCUCAAAUGUGGUCCCCUCUAUCGAUCUGUCACAGUGGCUGUAGUUUUUGAUAGAGUAUGUCUGUCUGUUCAUCUGGAUGACAUUUCGAUGACUUUCAGUCGCGCGCAUUUCGAGUCUGCUGCAUAUGUGUGCUGUAGUGUAUUCAAACGCUUCAAGAAUUAUCGAGAACCUGUUCAACAAGGCACUCCCCUCCCAACUGCUGCCUCGUGCAUUAUGUCCAGACUAAAAGAUGAUCCUCGAUGGUUUUCCUACACUGAUGCUUGCUGUGCAGAAAAUUUGUCUGCUUUGUCCGCGCCUGUCCUGCGUGGUGUUGCACGGCGUAUUGGUACUAAAAGAUCCGACGCGCGAAAUAAAGAACGCAGUGUCGAUGCAAUUGUAUCUCAUUUCGCUUCUCGACGCACAGAGCUCGCAAGCAUGUCAGAUGAUAUCCUCUUCAAGAGUCUCUUGACCGCAUCAGUCCCACCUGCUUGCACAAGAUCACGGGGCACUUUACUUGCUGCUGAGUUUCAGAACUUGUACGGUCUCAAUUUGGCAACUACUCUAUGGAUUUCAGCAUCUGUUGAUGAUAUUCCUCGCCGUUUAGAGAAGCUGAAACGCACUGACAUCUAGACAUGUAUUCCUCGAUUAGCACCACGCUAUCGCACACUCUAC